AUGGAGUCAAGGUUCGAAAAAUCACUGUACGAUCUCAUUCGAGGGCUGCGGAACCAUAAAGGCAAUGGGAAAGAUUAUGUCCAGAAAAGCUUGAAGGAGUGCCGCUCGGAGAUCCGCAGUCAGGAUAUAGAUCUCAAGGCAACGGCGCUCCUGAAGCUGAUCUACUUAGAAAUGCUUGGUCACGAUAUGUCCUGGGCAUCUUUCCACGUGCUCGAAGUUAUGUCGUCGCCGAAGUACCAUCAAAAGCGGGUAGGGUACCUGGGUGCUGUACAGAGCUUCCGCCCCGACACCGAGGUCCUGAUGCUUGCUACCAACUUGCUGAAAAAGUUUGCAACCCUGACGCCCCUUGAGCCGCGCCUGGUCAGGAAGCUCUUACCGCCCCUCACAACACUGAUCAAGACUACGCCGGCCAUGUCCUUACUGUACGAGUGCAUCAAUGGGAUUAUUCAAGGCGGAAUUCUUGGCGCUGAAGAUGCUGGCGCUGAGGAAAUCGCAACGCUGUGCGUCAGCAAGCUUCGCGGCAUGAUGGUAAUGGAUGGAGUAAAAUACGUUGCCCUCCUCGCCUUCAACAAGAUUGUGAUGACACACCCGUUUUUAGUCUCGCAGCAAGAAGACGUUAUCCUCGACUGUAUUGACAGCCCAGACAUCACUAUUCGCAUACAGGCACUUGACCUUGUGCAGGGCAUGGUAGAUGGCGACAGUCUGAUCGCGGUGGUGAGCCGCUUGAUGAAACAACUCAAGUCUUCAAGCCCUUCAAGAGAUGUCCCAUUUGGGGGGGGACCAGCGGAACUUGUCGAAUCCGACGAAGAGGCCGCGUCUCAAGCUAUACUCCAAAAGAAUGGCAAUCAGCAAGCGUUAGCUUUACCCGACGACUAUCGAGCCAACGUUAUCAGCCGCGUCUUACACAUGUGUUCCAGAGAGAACUACGCCCAUGUCAACGACUUCGAGUGGUACAUCGACGUUUUGACGCAGAUGGUGAGAGUGGCACCAACACUGAAAUCGGACUCCCAGUCUCCAUCCUCAGCUGGAGAUGUCUCGGAACAAAUCGGCGAUGAGCUGCGCAAUGUAGCAGUGAAGCUUAUCACGAGAACACAUGUGCCUGGGCUUAUAGCUAGUGCACUGCAAGCCAUCGGCAAGGUGUUCUCCUCGAUUGCUGGUGACCAGUCGGUCCCUUGGAAUGCCACCCGAAUGUCACAAGUUUCCCUGCUCAUCACCCGUAUUGUUAAUGCGUUGGAUACGUUGACCUUACAUCCGAACCUUGACGUGCAGGGCCGUGCCAUCGAAUUCACGGAACUCCUAAGGCUCACGGCGGAAGCCGCUGCUCAGGGACAGAUCGCAACAACACAGGAGUCGGCAACGCACCCCCCUCUGCUCCUCACUCAAGCUGUGCCUUCUCUGUUUAAUGGCUGGGAGCUCAACUCUGUGGCAGUUACCGCACAGUGCCACGUGCCUCUCCCAGAUACCAUCGACUUGAAUGAGCCUAUCCAUAAUGACUUGGACGCGUUGCUAUCUGGUGUAAGCACACUUGUCCCGGAAUCGGACACGGACACGGACACGGAUAAUGACUUCGAUUCAUACUACCAUCAUAGGCCGGCUCCUACAAGUAUUUCUUCCGUCUCAUUGCCUGCUAUCAACCGAGUCGUCGAUGCCGCGAAAGAAGUCCCCAGCGGAUAUCAGUCUGCUUCGGAGGAUGCCUAUCUGGAUUCUGACAUCAUUGCCCGACGGCGAGCAGAACGACAUGCUCGUAACAAAGACGACCCUUUCUAUAUCCCUGCUGCCGAGGCCGUCGCCAAAGCCUCGACGCCAAUACACAAUAUACUCAAAGACAACAAUGGAACAGAACUUGACGUCGACUCGAUCCCUAUUAUGCAAUUGGAUCUUGGCUCACCUGAACCAGCAGCUGGAGCGUUCCAGCAGAGACCUGAGACCCGGCCGAAACAGAAGAUCAUCGUUGCAGACGAUGAGACGCUGGGUGGUGCUAAUAGCUCCGGCCGCGAAUACGACUCUGAGAACCACUCUGACAACUUUAACAAGCCGAAGACCAAAUCCAGGAAACUGCGUCAAGGCCUUUUGCAAGUAGAUUCCAGUCAUAUUGGCUCUCUGGCUCUCGAAGUAGGUGGUGCUCGCAGUGAGGUAGAGAAUCAUGACCAGCGACUGCGCGAAGAAGCAGAGAUGCAACUGGCAAUGAAGGAAGUUGAGCGAUUGAGGUUGGAGAUGCAGCGAGCCAACGAGCGUGUCAGCCUUCCACAGGGUAUUGACGCGGAAGGCACAGUAGUCAAGCGAAAAAAGCAAAAGAAGAAGAACUUGACCAGUGUAGUGCAAGGGCAAUCUGGAGAGCAGGCGAAGCCUAAAAAAAAGAAGAGGCAUAGGGUGCCUCCACUGGAAGAGCAUGGAAUCACCAUGGAGACUACAAGUCAUGGCGAUUCAGAGUCGAGUAGCAGGAAACCCAAAAAAGUAACACUAGGCGAGGCAGCCACUGAAUAA